AUGCGCCACUGGCCUGCAGCCCAGCCCAUUCCACCAGCCACCAUGUCUUUCCCCAACUUUCCUCACGAGGAGAUAGCCGAAGCCAUCCAAAACUUCGGCUAUACCUCUGAUCUGACCCCAGGAGACAUCGCAAAACCGACUUCGAGCAAGAUCAUGCUCAUUUACGAAUGGUUCCUGCUCUAUUUUGCUUCGAUUACCCGGGACGAUGUCCGCAACGCCGUCAUGGAGCCACUCCUCAACAUACACCACCCGGAAAUUUACCAAUAUCGCGUUACGGCGGGAACAUUCAGAGACGUUCUUGACCAGAUCAUGCGAUGCGCUUCGAUAUACGACUUUACGGAUAGGGACUUAUUCUUGCCGACAGCAGAACGUGCUCGACGUGUCCUAAGCGGGCUGAUCAACUUUGCCCUAUUCGAGAGUGAACAGUCCGAUCAAACACUUCGACCGCUCGAGAAAACCCUCGAAGAUUUACAAGGACAACGCGAAGAACUCCUUGAUCGAGAAGCAGAGCUGAUGGAACAGAUAUCGAUGAUGCGUCAAAAGCAAGAGGAAGAAGAGAGGUCUGUGGCGGAAUUGCUUCCGGAACUCGAGAGGUUGAAGGCUUCAAUUCUAGAAUCCAAAGGGACUGAGGGGCCUCUGGACCAGCGUCGAAUGGAACUCAUUGAGGCUAAAAAAGUACUGACCGAGCAACACAGAAUUGCAAACGCAGAAUUAUCCCGGCUCGAGGCAGAGAACACUCGACUAUCGACACGAGUGGCGCGUUCCCCAGAGAAGGUCAAGAGUGCGAUCGAAUCCCUUCAGAUAACAUUGUCGUCAAACUUAGAAAACAUUGCUUCACUCGAGCAAAACUCCCGAACGUUGGAGCAGAAGAUCAUCGCAAACGACAAAUACGAGAAGGAUCUGUCUGUGUGCAUCAAGCUAGCUGAUGAAUGGGAAAACGAGACGAUUCGAGUUGCUGAAGUCAAUAAAACUCUGGGAGGACUGACCGAUGAAUAUGAAACUCGAUUGCCCGAGCUCCAAGAAGUAGAAAAAAAGACUGCUCAAGCUCAACGACGAACCGAGUUAUUGCAAGAGCAGCUGCAGCGCGCUCACGCAGGUAUACAUCGCAAGAGACAAGGCGCGAAAGAGCGCUAUGCGAAGGCAGUCGAGCGACACGAGACGGCUUUGGAGGCACAAGCCGAACACGAGAAAGGAAUGGAACAACAACUCAACUUAAAGGCCCACCUGGCCUCUCAAAUCGAGAAUGCAGUGGAAGAUUAUACUCGUGGAGUGAAGAAAGGCCAAGCCGUCUACGACACCAUUCGGACUGAAGUCUUACAUUUCACUAUGAAACACCAAGCCGCUAUCAAUGCAAUCGAGGCUAAACUACAGUUGCCCCCAGAGGACUAA